AUGCGCCACUCGGUGCCGAAGUCGAUUGCUCUUGGAUUGUUGUCCGCAUACAUCCUCCAAAGUAGCGGCAAACCAAUCAUACCGAUCGCUCCAUGCCAGAACGAAGUCGAUUGUAGAUACCCAUUCAACAAUACAAACUGGCCUUAUCUUGCCCGUACUGAUGCUCUCCCGCCCGCACUCGACCGUAGAGCCAGUGGCGGAGGACGCCCAACUAAACCCAACGACAACAGUCCCAACGCACCUCAUGUAAACCCAGAUCAGCAAAACACUCCUUCUGACGCCGGCGAUCAGCAGGGUGAGUCUGGGGGGUUCAGUGAGCAGCAAGAGACAUCUGGUGGCUUUUCCGAUUCGCAGGAAACCGAGGGAGGGUUCAACAACAAUAACAACGGGGAUGAUACGGGCGGUCCAGGUUCUAGUUCGCAACCAGCGGCCCCCGACCCGGACGCUCAACCAGCAAACCCUAAUCCAGCCCCGAACCCCAAUCCGGCCCCAAACGCACCCGCGGGUAACAACCCUGGUCCGCAGAAUGCUGUUCAGUACGCGCCUUCAGCAAGGAACAACCGUAACCAGCCGGCAACAUCCGCCAACGACGUUUUUGAUCCCAACACUGCAACUCCGGCUGUUCCGGUAGUUAACUUAGCAGCCCGGGUGAAUGAUUUCCGAAGAAUCAUUGCACGAGACGGACUUACUGGCAAGCCAUGGAUGUUCUACUCUGGGCUGGAUAACCGCGGAGAGAGCUUCGUCUUCAAGCAAACGCUGGAGCACAAAAUCGGCCAAACCAACAUUCCAUAUAUGGAUAACGUACUGCCUAUUAGAAACCUGCAUGAUAGAUACCACGACGAAUACGAAACAUAUAGAUUGGCUGGUGAAAGACAAGCCAACUACUACUUCGCAGCAAACUCGAAGGCCUAUGCUCAAGCAGUGGAGGGCGAUAUCUACGCUUUGAUAAAGAGUGGUACCAGUGUGAACCAGCCGUAUCCUGGGAAAGGCUCAAAUUGGUGGACCUUUGAACUUCCAGAACUUACCCGUAACGCCCGCGUGGAUAGCAUCAAAGUUGUACCUAUCAACAGAGACGAUCGUCUGCAAUUGGGAGAAGAUUAUGAGCGCUUCGAAUUGGGCGACGAAAAGGUGAUCUGGAGGAGAGGCGAUGAACCGAUUGGUUUUCCAGCAGAUGAGAUGCAUGGCGUCGCGAGGCCCGGUGAGCCAUGGGAGACUCUCCCGGAUGUGGAGAUCUCCUAA